AUGGCAGCAUCAAGUCUUGACGACGUCCAACUCCUUGAACAAGUUGUCGACACCUUUCGCCACGCCCGCGAAAUCCAUGCCGGCGCCGAGAGAUUGUACCAGAUUUGUGCCACUUUUGCCAGACUGGCUCGACGUAUGGUGGAGUCACGAAACACAUCAGUGGGCAUGUACGAUCAAAACACCGACUCGCUCCAAGUAGCAGGUGUGUCUCAAGAUGUGCCGCUUAUUUGGCCCGAAGCGUUUGUGCAGCCAACUGGACAGGGACAGCAGGCUACUUCUGAUUCUGAUGUUGAUGCCUUUUUGAAUGAUGACAUGACGUCGAUCUUGGCUGAUUGGAUCAAUGGCCAGCCUCCUGCUACGGAAAUGUUUGUUAUGGAUUUUGGGGAGUGA